AUGGCUCCUAAUACAUCAACAUCAAGGAGCAACAAUACUACAACCAUCAACGUCAAAGUUGUUGCUGCUGAAUCAUUAUAUAAACGAGAUGUAUUCCGUCAACCAGAUCCAUUUGCCGUGUUGACAGUUGAUGGGUCUCAAACUAAAACUACUAUAACUGCUAAAAAAACAUUAAAUCCUUAUUGGAAUGAAACUUUCAAUUUCCAAGCUAAAGAAGAUUCUAUAUUAGUUAUACAAGUAUUUGAUCAAAAAAAAUUUAAAAAGAAAGAUCAAGGUUUCCUUGGUGUUAUUAAUGUUAGAAUUGGUGAUGUUAUUGAUUUAUCAUUAAAUAGUUCUGAAGAAACUAUAACUAGAGAUUUGAAAAAAUCUAAUGAAAAUUUGGCGGUAUCAGGGAAAAUUAUUGUCGUUAUAUCUCAUAAUAGAAAUUCUAAUGGAGGUGCUACUACCACCGCCACUUCCACUGCCAGAGGUAGUUCCAAUAAUAUUGCUACAAUCAAUGGAGGAGUUAGUGGUAGUGGGGCUUCACGCAUUGGUUCAACUACUACUACAACCUCAGCUAAUGGAUUAGGUCCAACUUCGUCAGUGCCUCCAACAGGUUUGAAUCAAGGAGGAGCCUCUGCCACCACCACCACCACAACAACAACAACAACACCAGGAGGGGUAAGACAAUAUUCAUCUUUUGAAGAUCAAUAUGGUAGAUUACCACCUGGUUGGGAACGUAGAACUGACAAUUUUGGAAGAACUUAUUAUGUUGAUCACAAUUCUAGAACUACAACUUGGCAACGUCCAGCUUUAGAUCAAUCCGAAACUGAAAGAGGUCAACAAAGACAAUCAGAAACUGAAGCUGAAAGAAGACAACAUCGUGGUAGAACAUUACCUGGUGAAGGAUCUAUUUCACCUUUACCAACUGGAUCAGGCAAUGGAAGUUCCAUUACUAGUGGUAAUGUCACUGUCAAUGCAUCAGGUGCUAAUACACCAGUUAAUCCAGCAGCAGCUGUUUCAAUGGCAGCUUCAGGUGCCACUACAAGUGGAUUAGGAGAAUUACCAUCGGGUUGGGAACAAAGAUUCACUACUGAAGGACGUCCAUAUUUUGUUGAUCAUAAUACAAGAACAACAACAUGGGUUGAUCCAAGACGACAACAAUAUAUUAGAACAUUUGGUCCUAACACCACCAUUCAACAACAACCUGUGAGUCAAUUGGGACCAUUACCUUCCGGUUGGGAAAUGAGAUUGACCAAUACUGCUCGUGUUUAUUUUGUUGAUCAUAAUACCAAAACUACUACAUGGGAUGAUCCAAGAUUACCAUCUUCAUUAGAUCAAAAUGUCCCACAAUAUAAACGUGAUUUCAGAAGGAAAGUUAUAUAUUUCCGUUCUCAACCAGCAUUAAGAAUAUUACCAGGACAAUGUCAUAUUAAAGUAAGAAGAGAUCAUAUAUUUGAAGAUUCAUAUCAAGAAAUUAUGAGACAAACUCCUGAAGAUUUGAAGAAAAGAUUAAUGAUUAAAUUUGAUGGUGAAGAAGGGUUAGAUUAUGGUGGAGUUUCUCGUGAAUUCUUUUUCUUAUUAUCUCAUGAUAUGUUCAAUCCAUUUUAUUGUUUAUUUGAAUAUUCAUCACAUGAUAAUUAUACUUUACAAAUCAAUCCUAAUUCAGGUAUUAAUCCUGAACAUUUGAAUUAUUUUAAAUUUAUUGGUCGUGUUGUUGGAUUAGGGGUAUUCCAUAGAAGAUUUUUGGAUGCUUUCUUUGUUGGAGCAUUAUAUAAAAUGAUGUUACAUAAAAAAGUGGUGCUACAGGAUAUGGAAGGAGUUGAUGCUGAAUUUUAUCGAUCAUUAAAAUGGAUUUUAGAUAAUGAUAUUACUGAUAUAUUGGAUUUGACUUUUAGUGCUGAAGAAGAAAGUUUCGGAGAAAUUGUUGAAGUUGAUUUAAAACCUGGUGGUAGAGAUAUUGAAGUGACAGAAGAAAAUAAACAUGAAUAUGUUGAAUUAAUAACCGAAUGGAGAAUAAGUAAACGAGUUGAAGAACAAUUUAAAGCAUUUAUUGAUGGAUUUAAUGAAUUAAUACCUCAAGAAUUAGUCAAUGUAUUUGAUGAACGUGAAUUAGAAUUAUUAAUUGGUGGAUUAGCUGAAAUUGAUUGUGAAGAUUGGAAAAAACAUACUGAUUAUCGUGGUUAUCAAGAAAAUGAUCAAGUUAUACAAUGGUUUUGGAAAUGUGUUAAUGAAUGGGAUUCAGAACAAAAAGCAAGAUUAUUACAAUUCACAACUGGUACUUCACGUAUACCGGUUAAUGGAUUUAAAGAUUUACAAGGUAGUGAUGGACCAAGAAGAUUUACUAUUGAAAAAGCUGGUGAAGCUAAUCAAUUACCUAAAUCUCAUACAUGUUUCAAUAGAGUUGAUUUACCACCUUAUACUGAUUAUGAAAGUUUGAAACAAAAAUUAACAUUGGCAGUUGAAGAAACAGUUGGGUUUGGACAAGAAUAA